GACAAGAUGCGCGUUGGUCGAUGUCGUGCCUCCGCGGGUUUGGAAGUUACGGGCCGGAGGGCCCUGGUCCGGUUGCGGCUUUCUCCCGGGUUCCUCCCCGCCGCUCCUCCGGGUCCGUGGGUCCUCUGCAGCCCGCCUUCCCCACCCCGGGCCGCCCCUGUUGCUCGCGUUUCUCUACCCCAAGUAUUGCACUUACUGAAGAGCUCCUUGGAAGGUUCUUGAGAAGAUAAAGAAGGUAGUGGGGACGAGCCUCCGGAGCUGCUCCAGCCCUAAAUGGCAACAGAAUCAAGAAAGUCGUUAGCCCCAUCCCCAUCUGACCAAGCUCCUGAGGAAGACCUUGUCAUCGUCAAGGUAGAGGAAGAUCAUGGCUGGGACCAGGAAUCCAGUCUGCAUGAAAAUAACCCUCCUGGCCAAGAGCUAUUCCGCCUGCGCUUCAGGAAGUUAUGCUACCAGGAGACAUUAGGGCCCCGAGAAGCUCUGAUCCAACUCCGCGCACUUUGCCAUCAGUGGCUAAGGCCGGAUUUGAACACCAAGGAGCAGAUCUUGGAGCUGCUGGUGCUGGAGCAGUUCCUGACCAUCCUGCCUGAGGAGCUGCAAACGCUGGUGAAGGAACAUCAGCUGGAGAACGGAGAGGAGGUGGUGACCCUGCUGGAGGACUUGGAAAGGCAGAUUGACAUACUAGGGCGGCCGGUCCCAGCCCGUGCACAUGGACAUGGACUCUGGGAGGAGGUGGUGCAUUCAGAGUCUGCACCAGAGCUUCCAGAUGCUCCACUCCGAUCUGUGGCAACCCAGCACAAAUCUCCAGUGCCCCAAGGGCCACAAGAGAGAGCCAUCUCUACUUCUCAGAGUCCUACCCCUUCCCAGAAGGGAAGUCCUGGAGACCAGGAGAUGACAGCAACACUUCUCACAGCAGGGUUCCAGACUUUAGAGAAGAUCGAAGACAUGGCUGUGUCCCUAAUUCGAGAGGAGUGGCUUCUUGAUCCAUCCCAGAAGGAUCCCAGUAGAGAUAACAGGGCAGAGAAUUACCGAAACAUGUUCUCCCUGGGUGGUGAGACCAGGAAUGAGAACAGGGAAUUAUCUUCGAAACAGGUAAUAUCUACUGGAAUCCAACCACACGGAGAGACAGCUGCCAAAUGCAACGGGGAUGUUAUCGGGGGUCUUGAGCAUGGAGAAGCCCGAGAUCUUCUGGGCAGAUUAGAGAGGCAGCGGGGAAAUCCCACCCAGGAGAGACGACAUAAAUGUGAUGAAUGUGGGAAGAGCUUUGCUCAGAGCUCGGGCCUUGUUCGCCACUGGAGAAUCCACACUGGGGAGAAACCCUAUCAGUGUAACGUGUGCGGUAAAGCCUUCAGUUACAGGUCAGCCCUUCUUUCCCAUCAGGAUAUCCACAACAAAGUAAAGCGCUAUCACUGUAAGGAGUGUGGUAAAGCCUUCAGUCAAAACACAGGCCUGAUCCUGCACCAGAGAAUCCAUACUGGGGAGAAGCCAUAUCAGUGCAAUCAGUGUGGGAAGGCUUUCAGUCAGAGUGCGGGCCUUAUUCUGCACCAGAGAAUCCACAGUGGGGAGAGACCCUAUGAAUGUAAUGAGUGUGGGAAAGCUUUCAGUCAUAGCUCUCACCUCAUUGGACAUCAGAGAAUCCACACUGGGGAGAAGCCCUAUGAGUGUGAUGAGUGUGGGAAAACCUUCAGGCGGAGCUCACAUCUUAUUGGCCAUCAGAGAAGCCACACUGGGGAAAAACCCUACAAAUGCAAUGAGUGUGGGAGGGCCUUCAGUCAGAAGUCAGGCCUUAUUGAACAUCAGAGAAUCCACACUGGAGAAAGACCCUAUAAAUGUAAAGAAUGUGGGAAAGCUUUCAAUGGGAACACGGGCCUCAUACAGCAUCUGAGAAUUCACACAGGGGAGAAGCCCUAUCAAUGUAAUGAGUGUGGGAAAGCCUUUAUUCAGAGGUCAAGUCUCAUUCGGCAUCAGAGAAUCCACAGUGGAGAAAAAUCUGAAUCCAUAGGAGUUUAGGAACAAAGCACAGUCGUAGUUUGGGCAUUAUUCCCCAUUAGAGAAACCACAUGCUGGUGAGGCUCUUUCAGUGUAGUAAAAAGAAAGUGUGUCAUCACUGCAACCUCACCAGGGUCAGAACGGAUCGUGGUGGUGGAUUAGAGUAGCUCUUCAGUAGUCUGGGCCAGUGCCUUGAUGAGGUGGGUUAGUUUGACUGUCCGGGGAGGUGUCUGAGGGAGUGGAGCUCCUGAUGGCCUGAUGUAUCCUUUAGAAACAAAAUAGCGUUAGAGCAAGUUGCUUGUCAUGGAGGCACUUAAUUUUGUCUUUUGAGGAGUAGUUGUAGGUUUUGAGAGAGGCUACUCCUGGUUCCUUUGCUUCCUCCCGUCUCCUGUGAUUCCCUUCCCCCAUUUACCUCCCUGAGGUGCACUUGUGCUGCACAUCUGAUCUGAGAAGCCACUUUAGAGUUUGAAGCAGCAUCUGUGUGAAAUUUAUUUUGUACUUAGCUUCCUGAGAACCUAGUUCUAGGGAAAUUUUUACAGACACUUAAUGUAUUUAUGCUUAAGUGUGCAUUUUGUUUUAUUCUGAUGUUCUGAUAGUCAGAAAACCAUAUUCCCACGCAAACUCAGAAUGCUAUAUUUCUAACAGCACUGCAGCAUUUUUCUUCAUAUCUCACCUUCCCUGACUCCAGUGAGUCAUUGAGCGUCCAUACGUAUCCUUCACCACCCCCAGCCCCCGUGCGUGUGUCCGCAAAGGAGGUGAUGGUUGUGGGAAUGAAGCAGAGAAAGAGGUGAGUGGAGACUCAGCCUGGCUGCUCUUGAGCUCGGGUGGUUGUACCUUUUGGUGACUUGUGGCUCUCCUUUCCACCUUCCCACGGUACACUGUGGUACACAGAGGUGGUGACACUAUCCUAGUUACUGCAUCACAUGGGAGAAAGGGGAGACAGAGGUGCUUGAAGAAGACCUAAAAAUCCUUACAAAGAAUGUACACACAGCUCGCCUGGCCCAUUACAGUACUGCCCUCUCAGGUUCUUACCAGUC